GUUGUUCAAGUACUAGUCGAACUAACGAGUAGAUUGGCUGAUUAAAAUUGGUAGUAUAAUAAAAAUGUCAAAGAUAGUAAACUCUGAUCGCCCUAGGCGUUACUUUGGCGUGCACUACCGCCUCUUGAGGUUCUUAGGGCUAGGCUGGUGGCAUCACCCGGACGAAGGUGAUUUCAGGAACUUUCCGAGCUGGUACCUGUACUAUUCUAUACUCACUCAAGUCAUUUGGGUGGCGGGUUUCGUCGGUCUCGAAACCAUCGAUCCUUUCGUCGGUGAAAAGGAUAUUGAUCGAUUCAUGUUCAGUCUCUCAUUCGUCAUCACCCACGACCUCACUUGCAUCAAGCUAUACCUCUUCUUUUUCAAAAACCGUGCUAUCCAGGAGAUCGUGCGCACCAUUGAAAUCGACGUUUACGAUUACUAUCAAAAUGUUGAUAAAAAUCGCAGAACAAUCAGAAUUACAAAAAUCAUGACGGCAUCUUUUGUUUUUUUCGGGUGGAUUACUAUUGGCAAUACGAAUGUCUACGGCACUAUUAUGGAUUUAAGAUGGAAGAAAGAAGUAGCUCUUUUAAACGAUACUGCCGUAAAGCCGCCACGGACGCUCCCUCAACCUAUCUACAUACCAUGGACAUAUCAAUCGGAUGAAUCAUAUAUCGCGACGUUCGUGCUGGAGACAGUGGGUUUGCUGUGGACGGGACACAUCGUCAUGACUAUAGACACUUUUAUCGGGUCACUCAUUCUUCACAUGAGCUCUCAGUUCUCGAUACUACAAGAGGCAUUCAUGACUGCAUAUGAACGCGCUCUAUCGCAACUAAUCUCAGACAUGCCGCUUGAUACGCAGGAUGAAUCAAAUAAUGAGAAUAUUGACAUUCUUAAAGAUCGUCUGGAUGAGAUAGAAGCUAAAGUUAAAUCAUUUUACACUGACGUUCAAAUUGAAUCUGCUAUAGAAAAAUCGGUAAAGACCUGUCUUCGUCAACAUCAAUUGUUGAUUAGUUGCGUGGAAAAGUUCCGAGUGACUUACUCCUACGGCUUCAUGACUCAGCUGCUGUCCAGUAUGGCGGCCAUUUGCGUCGUAAUGGUGCAAGUUUCGCAAGAUGCAUCGAGUUUCAAGUCUAUUCGUCUCGUGACAUCCCUGGCGUUUUUCAUGGCAAUGAUCAUACAACUUGCCAUACAAUGCUUCACGGCGAACGAGCUCACGCUUCAGGCCGAGUGCGUUUCGGACGCGAUUAUGCAGUCGAAAUGGGAGCGUAUGUCGCCUCGCGUACGUCGGUACCUCCUGAUAGCGAUGAUGCGAGCACAACGGCCUCUCAGGCUAUCAGCUGCGGGCUUCGCUUACAUGGACAACCGGUGCUUCUUGGCAAUAAUGAAGGCCGCCUAUUCGUACUACGCGGUCUUGAGCCAGAAGGAGGUGUAGACAUAGAUUAAAAAACUAGGUAUACAUAGCAGAUACGCAACUUCAAGACAUUGUUUUUAGCUGUGAGAAAAUGAGAGCCAUCGCUUCUUAAUUACCAACAGGAUGUAGAUUAAAACGUGGGUUAUUCUUGUCUAUCAAUUAUUUUUGAAACAAGGUUUUACUGGGCUAAACCAAGCAGAAUAGCUUUUCUUUUUGACGUGAUAACGUCUUAUAAAUCCAUGAACAGCGGUAGCAUGCACGAAAAAGGGUCACGUUGUGGACAGAUCUCCAUGGUAACGUUACGACCACGUUUUCUUAUGACGUUAUCACGCAAAAUUAUCGUCCGUAAACCGAUUUUACAGACAACCAUAUUUUUUUCGAAACACCUAAUUACAGUAAUUACUAUUAUAAUUUAUAAGAUCGCUUUCUCCUGUUGUUUGAAAUACUAUAUCUACCGUAUUUUAUUUAGGGGAUAAUAAAAAAUUAUGACAAACUUCACAAUAAAAUGUUAUUGUUGCGUUUACCAGUUUAAUAAAAAAAACUAAAGAAAGUAGAGACGUCAAAGCAUAUGACUCUCAUACCAAUUUCCCACUUAGGUACAUACCUAGUGGCAAAGUGUCGAAUCUGCUAUCAUGUAAUCUGUUCACGUGGACCCUCUACAUAAGAUCAAAGCCUCUAGUCCCUCUAAAUAAGAUUAAAGCCUAAGGAUAUUAUAAGUACGUUCUAGAAAUAAUACAAACAACUUGUGUUUAUAAAUUUUAUAAACUUAGUAUAAAAGUUCAUUGUAACCUUACGCCGUUGUAACAUUUUAAGUGAUAUUAAGUUAACAUUAUUCUAGGCUAUCACAGUUGCUCGGUAGGUUAAUAAUAAAUACCUAAUUAAGUA